AUGGACGCCGACGAGAAAAAGUCAUUGCCAGAUACGGCAGAAAAGAGGCCCGAAGUCGACAUCGAGGCCGGCGCCACGGAGCUGCAAACAUCCAUGGGCGAUUCUGCUGCUGCGGCUGCUACUCCUCCUCCAGACGCACUCAUCCUCGACCGGCAGCUCGAGAAACAAGUAGUCCGCAAGCUCGACUGGCAUCUGGCACCAAUGUUUGCCGCCCUGUACUUUGUAGCCUACCUCGACCGGAGCAACAUUGGCAACGCCUCCGUCGCCGGCCUCAACACGGACCUGGGCCUCUCGGACCCGCAGUACAGCACCGCCGUGAGCGUCUUCUUCGCCACCUACGUCGCCCUGGAGCUGCCCGUCGUCCUGCUCACGCAACGCGUCGGUCCGCACCGUGCCAUUGCCGUCAUGUGUCUGAGCUGGUCUGCCGUUACCAUUGGCACCGGGUUUGUCAAGGGGUUUGGGGAUCUUAUCGCCACGCGCGUGCUCUUGGGCUUGUGUGAGGCUGGAUUCUUUCCGUGCUUGGUCUUGUAUAUCUCCAUGGUGUAUAAGAAGGAGGAACAGGGUCUCCGUCAAGCCUAUCUAUUCUCUGCUGUAGCCUUAGCCGGCAUGUUUGGCGGUCUUAUUGCCACCGGUAUAACAUAUAUCGGUAGAGUACACGGAUUGGAGUCAUGGAGCUGGCUCUACAUCAUAGAAGGAUGCUUGUCCGUUCUGGCCGCCUUUUGGGUCUUCUUUGGCCUGCCCGCCCGGCCAGCCGAAGCCAAAUUCCUGACAGCGGAGGACAAAAAGGUCAUGGCCGUCCGAGAGGCCCAGCGCGCACAAUACCUGGGCAAUCUUCAUUUCGAGUGGUCCGAGGUGGUAAAGGCAGUGGUUGAUCCCAAAGUCUGGUUUACUGCCUUUAUUCAAUUCUUCCAGGAUAUCAUUUUAUACGGAUUUAGCACCUUUUUGCCUUCAAUCUUGAAACUGGAUCUUGGGUAUACCUCGUUGCAGGCGCAGUACUUGAGUGUACCGGUUUACGCACUCGGGGGUAUAAGCUUCUUGACUGCCGCUUUCUUGAGCGACAAAUGGAGGCGUCGUGGUACUGUGCUUCUAACCCUCGAUAUCUUUGCCGUCAUUGGCUAUGCGAUCCUGCUUGGAGUACCCAACCGCCCGAGCAUUCGCUAUUUUGCGUGCUACAUGAUCGCCAUCCCAAUCUACUGCGGUCCUGGCCUCAAUCAAGCCUGGGUUGGUAACAACAUGGCGCCUCAUUACCGGCGUGCCACGGCAAUCGGCAUACAGCAAACGAUUGGAAAUCUUGCCGGAGUCGUCGCACCUCAGGUUUACCGAGCUGCCCCAUAUCGACUGGGCCACUGGUGCUCUCUUGCUUCUGCCUUGAUCAGCAUGGGUCUCAUUGCUAGUCAGAUUGGCUACUUGUAUAUGCUGAAUCGAAAGAAAUCGCAAAUUUGUCGAGGCGACCGGGCAGACGAUCGCACAGAAACUUCUGGCGAAGGAGACUUGGACUUCCGAUACGUUUACUAG